CUGUCUUCUUUCUUUCUCCCUCUACCUGGGCAAGCAUUUUCUGGAACAAAAGCCAUAGAUGAAUUUUAGAGGUGGAAACAACAACACAAUGAGACCUCAUCAUCUUCGCAUCAACUUGUUUCUUCUUGUUGUGUCGUCGUUGGUUGUCGUGGACUCCACCGGAGCUCAGACUUCCAUCAGAAGAAGAUUUUUGCAUCAGCCGCUGCUUCCGGCGGCGCCGCCGCAAGGCUCCGACUUUUUUCCGCCGGAAAGUCCCGCAUUAUCCACCCCGGACCCGCCGUUCUUCCCGGAAAAGCCUAAUCAGAGCCCACAGCAGCCGUCGGCGUCGGUUCAGCCAAACCGUUCAUCGGUGUCGUCGAACCCGGUUCUGCCGCAGCAAUCCCGGCCGGUCAAGAAAGUGGCCAUUGCGAUCUCGGUCGGGAUUGUCACGCUGGGAAUGUUUUCCGCGUUGGCGUUUUACAUCUUCAAGCACCGCCGGAAACACCCAGAGGACACCCAGAAGCUGGUGGGUGGGGUUGGCAGUUCCCGGAGAAUCGCCGAGGAAUCAAGAAUGCUGCCGCCGGCGACUUUUCUGUACAUUGGGACGGUGGAGCCGCGAGCUCCGGUGAGUGAGAACAACUGGGCGAACGGGUCGCCUUACCGGAAGUUAAACUCCGGGAAAAGAUCCGAUCGGUAUCGGCCGAGCCCGGAGCUUCAGCCACUCCCGCCGUUGAGCAAACCGCAGCCGCCUCCCAUAAAUUCCCCGCCGGCGAUGACGUCAUCCGACGAAGAGAGCCAGGACACUGCGUUCUACACGCUGCAAGGCUCAUCUAUCAGCAAUGAAGAAGGCUUCUAUACUCCCAUUUCCCACAACACUAAAUCAGAGACUCGUGUAAGGAGAACUUCUCCAAGAUCACGCCUUUCCGCUUCAUCGCCGGAUGUCCGGCCGGCAAUCAUACCGCCGAUUAAGAAACCGCCGGAUCCUCCACGGCCGUUGCAGCCGCUUCCACAGGAGCCGCCGGUGCGCAAUGACAGACCGGCAAUACCUUUCAUUUUCGUCCCGAAAACGGCGAAAUUCUCAUCGCCACCUCCUCCGCCUCCGCCUCCACCGCCGCCGCCGCCACCAAUAUCGCUGCCACGGAAAUUGGGAGGUUCCCAGACAAAUAAUCUCCCGCCAAUGGCUAGCCAUCAAACGGAAAAGCAGGAUUCAAGAACUCCCAGUCCCAAAAGCUGCUGUGGGCAGACAGACAGAAGUACAGCCUCGUCGGAAAGAUGUGAUUCCGAUGAAAUGGAUGGAUCAAAACCCAAGCUGAAACCAUUGCACUGGGACAAAGUACAAGCACCAUCUGAUCGAGCCACGGUCUGGGACAAGCUAAAACCAAGCUCCUUCCAAGUGAAUGAGGAUAUGAUGGAAUCACUGUUUGGAUGCAAUUCUGCAAAUUCAGCUCCCAAAGAAGUGACCAGGAAAUCAGCACUGCCUCCAGUUGAGCAGGAUCAUAGAAUACUGGACCCAAAGAAGUCACAAAACAUAGCUAUACUGUUAAGAGCUCAAAAUGUAACAAAAGAAGAGGUUUCUGAAGCACUUCUAGAUGGAAAUCCAGAAGGGUUGGGUCCUGAGCUUCUGGAGACUUUGGUGAAGAUGGCUCCAACAAAGGAGGAAGAAAUAAAGCUCAGAGCCUACAAAAAUGACACCUCAAAGUUAGGAUCUGCAGAGAGGUUUCUGAAAGCAGUUCUUGAUGUACCAUUUGCCUUUAAAAGAGUGGAAGCAAUGUUGUACCAAGCUAAUUUUGAUUCAGAAGUGAACUACUUGAGGAAUUCCUUCCAAACCCUUGAGGACGCGAGCAAAGAAUUGAAGAACAGCCGAUUGUUCCUCAAACUCUUGGAAGCGGUACUAAGGACAGGAAACCGGAUGAAUGUUGGCACGAGCCGGGGUGAUGCCAAGGCAUUCAAACUAGAGACUCUCUUGAAAUUGGUGGACAUAAAAGGAACAGAUGGAAAGACAACUUUGCUCCAUUUUGUGGUCCAAGAGAUCAUUAGGUCAGAAGGGACGGGCUCCGGUCCUAUCAACGAAAACCCACUGAACAGAACAAAUACGAGACUCAAAGAGGACGAUCUCAAGAGGAAAGAGCUGCAGGUCGUAGCAGGCUUAAGCCGGGAGCUUGGCAACGUGAAAAAAGCAGCAGGGAUGGACUCGGAUGUCCUACACAGUUACGUGUCUAGGCUCGAAACAGGACUAGAAAAUGUUAGGUUGGUUUUGCAGCUUGAGAAACAAGGCAUGGAGGGCAAAUUCUUUGACUCAAUCAAACUGUUCCUUAAAGAAGCAGAGGAACAAAUGUUUAGGAUCAAAGGUGAGGAGAAAAAGGCCUUAUCCUUGGUGAAAGAAGUGACAGAAUAUUUCCAUGGCAAUGCUGCAAAUGAGGAACCCCACCCUCUCAGAAUCUUCAUAAUUGUAAGGGAUUUCUUAUCCAUUCUGGAUAAUGUGUGCAAAGAUGUUGGGAGAAUGCAUGACAGAACAGUGAUUGGUUCUGCAAGACCAUUUAGAACCCCAACAGCUACAUCACUCCCAGUUUUCAGCAAAUAUAAUUUUCAACAUAAUUGAAGCUCGGGCGAGUAUUUUGAUGAAACCACAUGAACAUGGAUGAUUGAUGACAGCAAUUUCUGCAGGAGCAGGAUGGCAAAGUCAAGAAUUUUCGGGUAAAAUUUCGUGCUAUUGAACAAGUUAACAAGUCCCAUGCUUUGAAUCAGCCUGCACCAGCACGAACACGAAAUAACAUGUUGGAAAUUGUAAAGAUUUGGGAGUCCAGAGAGAUCAAACAUCAUAGGAAAACAAGAACAAGAUGCAGCAUCCUUGGAUUCCAUCGGGCAACACGAGAUAAAUGUUGAACAUAUUUAAACACAGACAUGCACAAUGAACAAAUCCCAGUAAGAGACUUUGUUUUCUUUUUCUCAAUACAAUCAGACCUAGGUAGAACAAUCUAUUUCACUUGUACACAUAGUAGAAACAAAAAAAAAUGGCACAAUACUAGGCAUCAUAAGACUAUAACAUUAAUUU